UACAAAACCCAAAGGGGUUCUACGGCUGGGCCUGGGCGGCCAAGAGAGGAGCACAUGACCAGCCAACUUGACUUUCUUGGGAUGCAUGGACCAAGCCCAUUUGUUUUGUGUUGGGCAGCAACAACUAAAAAAAGGAGAAUAUAUUAUUUGUUUGUUGGCUGGACGGCAACAACAGGGGGGCUGCGACAAAAGAGAAGACAUCAGAGACAACAUCAGACGACUUCGAGAGGGGACGGCUGUUAGGAGCGCACGAAGACAAACAGAAGGAACGAUCUGGAGCAGGGGUUCAUACGGUUCAAGUUUCAAGGCCGCGAUUCAAGAUUCGAUUACAGGUGAUCUAAUUGACCGAGAUAUCUCUGAUGAUGAGUUUUAUCCCACCGAACCAAUAUGGGAUUUGUCAGAUGAAGAGGAUGAGGAAAGUGAAGAUAAUCUAUUUUGGGAGAGAGAAUUUGCGGAUGAGUUAGAGGGUUUGCCUGUAGAUGAAGAAGUAGGUACGUUUGAUCCGGAGGGGGACCUUGCUUACCUAGAAGCUUUACUUGAAGGAAACCCAAUGACGGACAUUAAACAAGAAGAAGAGGUGGUGGAAGAGAAAGAACACCACAGCUGGCCCGUGGUACUGAUAACGAAUGCAAGACAAAGUUCCAAACCACGGGAGAAGGCAAUGAGAAGAACACCUGGGAUCGUGUUUCAGCGGCUCCUGCCAGGUAAGUUCAAUUUUUUGUGUUCUAACCCAUUAAAAUUUAUAAAAUCAUUUUAUAAUUCCACAGUUAAAUUUUUAAAUGUUUAUGAGAAACGGGUGGAAUUAAAUGGGUUAGACCGGGUUCAAGUCAAGGAAAAGCCUCCUGAUUAAAUUCAAGUGUGGGGAGGUUUUGUAGAGUUUGUAUAGAGUCGUAGUUUUUGUAUAUUGAGUCUUAUUUAGUAGUGUUUGAGUCGUAUUUUGUUUAGAGUCGGUAUUACUUUGGUUUUUGCUUGUUUUUGUUUAUGCAGGUUUGAAUAUGUACCACCCGUACUCAAUCUCCAUUCGGGUGAUUUUGGAGCUGCUUAUCAAAUUUCAAGUAUUUUCCAAGUGUACUAGUCAGUGUCAAAGCCGAUCGCGAACGAAAUGCUAUACGAUCGAGUUUGAUUGGACGAGAGUUUUGGAGCCUACACGAUAAUAAACCAGCUAAGUCCUUUCCAAUUUGCCCUUAGUAUUUUUUUUAUUUCUUAUUUAUUUUAGUUUUUUGAGUCGGUUUCCAUCCUACAUUGAGGGCAAUGUAGAGUUUAAGUGUGGGGAUGGGAAACUAUCGUUUAGUGUUGUUAGUUAGUAGAGUCUUGAGUCAUAGAAAGUCGAAAAAUAAAAAAAAAUAAAAAAAUUUCAAAAAAAUCCAAAAAAAUUAAAAAAUUAAAAAAUCAGAAAAAUGUCCUUUGAAAUAAGAAGUUUGCAAAAUAAAAGCGGAAAAUGAUAGAAAAGUUGGGUUUUUGUUCGGGGUCAAAUAAUAAUAAUAUGAGAUAAUUCAAUUGAGCUUAUGUCUAGUUUGGGAUGUGCGGGUAGGCUCGAUUCGGUUCUAGGUUCCUUUGAACUUAAAUAUACCUAAUUGUCGGUCUACUAGUGGGUUCUCAUCUAGGGAAAGUGGGGAAAUUGAAACCGUCGAUAAUAGUAUAAGGGAUGCCGUUAUAAGCUAAGAUCGUUAGAGUUUUUGGUCAUUAUC